GAAGAUCAGCGCCAGCGUCGUUGCACUGUUUGGGGCCGUAGUUGCCCCACUGGUCAUGGUGCCGUUUGCGGAUGCUCUUUCUCCGUCGUGCCCAUCUUCCUACCAAACCCCUACCGCUCCACCAUUUGACCAAUCUUGUCAAAACGUUUGCGCAAAUGGACCGAACGCAGGGGAGGUUGUCGGGCCUUCCAUUUUGACUUCUGGAGAGGCAUCGCAGUAUGAAGUUGCAGUCGUUUAUUUCGGACACCAAAACUGAGGUGUGUAACAUUUGGACACGUCGUCAUCCAGUUUUCUUUACAAAACUUAUUGUCUGUUUCUCUUGCAGGUUGUCUGAGAGUCGGUUGUCUCAGAAUCCUUUUUCAACCGAAUCCUAACCAAUCACUUCUCCUAUGGCAUGUUAACGUUCUCUUCCUACCAAACAAAUAGGCGGAUGCGUUGGCAUGGUUUCUACCAUGGCCAACGCAUACAAUACGCUCACCGAUGAAGAUCGUGAGCGCGUUUUUAUGCUCGCUGUCGGACAAAAUGACUAUUCGAUGAGCAAUCAAAACUUUUGUCAAGGUUUUGCGGCAUGCGCCGAUGAAAGCGGCUCGCCUUGGUGGAACGAUGUGGCUGCCGCCCAACGCGAUGUCAUCUUUUACAUGAAGACGGAUCCCACCGAUGAUAGUUCCUGGGAAUUCUAUUGCCAUUAUUCCAUGAACACUGGGAGGGGAGAAUUUGCCGAUACUAUCCAAGAAAUGCUAAGUAUUACAGCGGCCAAUGCGAUGGACCUUGACGAAUCGGAUUUCCUAGGAAAUGGAACGGAUGUCUUUGGGAACGAGACCAUGUUCGAACCCGACGAAUUAUCUUCAAAUAGUAUCACUGCAAUGAGUAGUGUUUCUUCCUCUUCAUCUAUGACUUCGACCUUUUUGUUAUCCAUCAUGGUAUCUGGAUCAAUUUUGGUCUGGUCCAUGCAAUAAUCAGGCAAUUGAUUAGUUCAUGCUGUUCAAAAUGAAAGUUAUGUGUCGAA